CUAUUUCUCGGGAUGCUUUUGAGCCUUAUCAAGGUGAUGAAGAUGAUGAUAGUCAGCAGGAUCCAACACGUGAAGAAGGAGAGGUGACCAUGGGAGAUAAUGGGUCUAAAGAGGAUGAGGUGCAACGGGCUGAUGACUCUGCUCCAAACCCGCAGCCACCGUUGCCAAAGGAGCCACAACAGCCCUCCCUUCCAGCUUCAGGCACACCCACGGGUAGGAAAAGUGCGAGUGGGACGGAGGGACGUGGUCGUGUAAAGCAGCAAUAUAUCAAGAGGCCAAGGAUUCCAACCAACAAUGGACAGAAACUCCACAUUGGUGGUAAUGAGACAAGGCGGGACUAUGGUGGCCGUAAGAGAUCGAGUGGCUCCUCAUCUUCUAAUGGAGAUGUGAUGCAGAUUAUGGCGGUCUAUGGCUUUCCGGAGGAGAGGUUUAAAGCUAGGACUUGGGACUUAGUCCGUCGUGCUAAGCCUCCCCAUCCUAUGCCUUGGCUUUGCAUUGGUGACUUUAAUGAUAUAAUUUCCCCAGCUGAUAAGCUUGGUGGUGAUGUGCCUGAUAUGGGACGUUUACAGGUUGCUAACCAGGCCUGUAAUGAGUGUGACUUUCAUGAUGUUGGUUUUUCAGGUUACAGAUUUACUUGGUCGAAUAUGCGAGAGGCGCCAAACACGGUGGAGGAGCGGUUGGAUUUUGCACUUGCCAACUCAGCUUGGAGUUGCAUGUGGCCAGUCACUAAAGUCCGCCACUUGAUUAAUUACAAAUCUGACCAUUGUCCUAUUGUCUUGACUUUCUCUUCUCGCAGGGGACAUAGAGAACUGGCGAGGACAAAGCUCUUUCGUUUUGAGGAGCUUUGGCUUCAAAGCAGUGAUGAGUGUUCUGAAGUGGUAGCUGAAGCUUGGAGUAGGACCUGGUCUGGUGAUGACCUCCAUGGUAAAUUUGAAGCAGUCAGUGGAGCCCUCGGUUCUUGGGGUAAGCAGAAGUUUGGGGACAUACCAAAAAAGAUCUCUGAUCUUAAGGUCCGCCUCCAAAACCUGCAGCGGAAACCUAAGACGGACGGGAUUUUGCGUGAGAUGAGAGAAGCAGAACGAGAGCUUGAUGUACUGCUUGAAAGAGAGGAGAUUUGGUGGAGCCAGAGAUCGAGGGCAAAUUGGUUAAAACAUGGGCACCGCAAUACUAGGUUCUUCCAUCAGAAGGCAUCUCAGAGGCGGAAGCGGAACCUCAUUGAGGUUAUUACGGAUCGUGGUGGUCGAGAGGUAGAGGAUGAUGCUCAAAUCUCACAGGUCCUAAGGGAGUACUUUGAGAGCCUAUUUACAUCAUCCAACCCAUCUGGCAUUGAAGAGGUGACGUCCCUGGUGGCGGGUAGGGUGACUCAGAGCCAUUUAGUUACACUUGGGGAUCCUUUCACGAAGGAGGAGGUGGAGGAGGCAGUUUUUCAGAUGCACCCCACUAAAGCUCUAGAUGACAGUAUCAUUUUUGCUAAAGCCACUGAUCAGGAGGCGGAAGUGGUGAAAACCAUUUUGGCCACCUAUGAGAGUGCUUCCGGACAAAUGAUUAAUCUGGACAAGUCAAUGCUUUCAGUUAGCCGAAAUGUGCCUCAGAACCGUCUUUAUGAGCUUAAACAGCUGUUGGGAGUAAAGGCAGUGGAAAGUUUUGACAGAUACUUGGGAUUACCAACUAUUUUUGGUGCUCUUGAUGGUACAUAUUCUUCUAAGCUGGGUUACUCUUUUAUUAGAAACCAUGAGGCGCAGACGAACACGUCGGCUUCCAUUGCGAUGUCUCCCUUGCCUGCAAAGCUUUGGCAAAUUUUUUGGAAGACACCAGCCCUUCCGAGGUGCAAAGAUCUAGCUUGGCGUAUUUGUUGUUCACUCCUUCCGGUCCGUGAUUCUCUAUGGCGGAAAGGUGUGAACAUUGAUCCAUCUUGCCCUCUAUGUGGCCAUGAGUCGGAAACUUUCUUGGAGGAUGUUGAUAGUGAUGCUGUGGCGAGCUGGCAAACGACAUCCUAUGCGUUAUGGGAGGCUCGUAACAAGCUUGUCUUCCAGGAGGUUCCCUUCCGGUGUGAGGCUGCAAUCCAGAGGGCAGCUUCGAUGUCGCAGGUGGAUGCUUCGAUUGAGGUUCGUGAUCCUCAUGGUCCGGUGCGUGACGCGAUUUGGAGGAGACCACCGCGUGGAUUCUUCAAGGUUAAUUUUGAUGGAUCUUGGAAAGCAGAUGCGGUUUCUGGCAUGGGGAUGGUGGCCAGGAAUCAUGACGGUUUGGUACUUGCUGCUGCAGCGGAGGUUGUGGAGCGGCCCUCUACAGUGGUGGAGGCUGAGGCCCUAGCUUUCCGGUGGGCGAUUGGAUUGGCUAUUAACUUUGGUUUCAGACGGGUUUGCUUUGAGACAGAUUGUCUCACUCUCUUUCAGAUGUGGAAGAAGCCUCCGGACGGGAGGAACUAUUUAGCUACUAUUUUUAGUGAUUGCUUUCAGUUGUGUCGUUCUUUAGAUUUGGUGUCUGUUGUUUUUGUUCGCCGUUCAGGCAAUGUUGUCGCAGACUUUUUGGCCAGGAAUGCCGCCUCAUACGCCGGUUUGGUGUGGAUUGAGGAGGUACCACCUGAAGUCGAUGUUUUUGUAACCGCAGACCUUUUGGCUUCUAUGCCCCCUAUUUAAUUGAUAGCAGGUUCUUUUCAAAAAAAAACUGUACCUCUCCCUCCCUUCCCCUCUAUUAAAA